AUGUCUAGCCUAUACGCGCUACCGCUCCCGGUCUCGCGUCAAGGGAUCAGUAUUAACCACGCGAAAUCGGAUGUGAGGAAGCGAAAGAGAUCACCAUCAGCCACAUCAAAGCCUCUUUCUGAAGAUACUGAUGAUGAAGACGAGCACGAUUCUGAUACUUAUAGUAUCAGCCAGGAAGCUCGCGCUGUGAUCGACCCAGAUGACCGCGACCAGCGCCGUGUCGCGCAAUACACGCUCGAAAAGGAUCUGCCGCCUGGACCUUUCCCGCAUAGAGCACGCCAGAGUAAAUCCAAACGUCGGCAGCAGAGUCGAGAUUCCACUGAUGGCAACACUGCAGCCCAGAGUCUGCGAGUCCAACAUAUUGCUGCCAUGACCGCCGUACUCCAUCGAUCUGUGCAGCGAAAGGACUGGGUUCGGGCUAAACGCGCAUUUGGACUUCUCUUGAGGACUGAGAUUUCUGGUCAGUUCAUCGACAUUCGAGCGGCAGACAUCUGGGGCAUAGGGGCAGAAAUUCUCUUCCGGCAACGUCCUGAUCCGGGAAAAUCAUACAGUCUCAGUGGAUUUGAUGCUGCGAAGAGCUACUAUGAGAAUCUUAUCAUCCAGUACCCGUAUCAUCGCAACUUUCCCAACAGCGUCAAUUCCAUCGACUUCUAUCUGGCCAUGUUCAGUCUGUGGAUUUAUGUCACCCAAGCAGAACGUGCUGUCGAUCACAAUGAGGACGGAACUCCGCAUGACAGCCUCGCACAAGAGCUGCAAGAGGCCGCACAAAUCUUAUCGACACUCGAAAGAAUCACUGCCCAAAGUCCAUACUCCGAGCACGAGGGCCUCAAAACGCUGAUGGCCGACAUCAAGCAAUGGAAAACCAAUCUCGAGCGUGACCACAAGCUGUACUCUCCAGUAGCCGACUAUUCGCCGGAUGCCAAUCUUGCGGCAGCAGCAGAUCAUCUCAGCUUGCAUCCUGACUUUUCAGACACUCUGGGAUAG